GAUUCAUAAGAAAUUGUCCUUGCUACAACAAUGAGUUCAAUAGUGGAAAAGAAAGAGUUGGUGAAGGGGAGAGUGGUGUUGAUACGGAAGAGUGUGGUUCAAACCAUAAGCAGUGUUCAGGGUCUUGUUGCCACUGGCGUCAAGAUAAUUAACGACUCACCCGAACUUGAUAUCACUAAGUCUGUGUCUUUCAAAUUGAUUAGUCGUACCAAGUCAGAGAAUGCUUGUAGUUUGGCUGGGAAAGUUGGAAAGGUUGCCUAUUUGGAGAAUAAUGUUUCUGUGUUACGAACUUUGAAAGAGACGCGGGAAGAAUUUGAUAUUUAUUUUGAAUGGGAUGAUNAAGAUAUGGGAACUCCAGGUGCAUUUUAUGUAACAAACAAAAUGAAUGAAGAGUUCUUCCUAGUUAGUGUCACUAUUGAAUAUCCAAGUGAACACGACAAGAACAAUAUUAUUCACUUNGACUGUAAUUCCUGGGUUCACAACGAUAAGCGUAGCGAAANAGGUCGCAUAUUCUUCGCCAACAUUCCAUAUCUUCCUGAUAAGACACCGGUGCAAUUACAAGCGUACAGAGAAGAAGAGUUGAAGAAUUUAAGGGGGGAUGGAACUGGAAAGCGUGAGAAAUGGGAUAGGAUUUAUGAUUAUGAUGUAUAUAAUGAUCUGGGAUUUCUUGACAGCGAUGGACAACAAGAUCACCCAGUUCUUGGAGGCCUCAAAUAUCCCUACCCUCGUAGGGUUAGGACUGGGAGAAACGUUAUCCACAACAACAAAAAUGGUGGUAACUACGAGGAGCAAGCUGAGGUUUAUUAUGUGCCAAGAGAUGAAAAUUUCAGUGACGAGAAGACUGCAGAAUUCUUUCAAUUAUCAAAGAAAGCUUUAGGUGGAAGCGUCGAACCUUUGCUCCUAUCUUUGUAUUUAAAGACCACCUCAAAUGAAUUUAAUGGCUUCGAAGAAGUGCUGAAAAUGUAUGAAGGUGGAGUUAAUCUGCCUCUAUCUAUCACUGGAAACGGUAAUCCAAGUGUCCUUGACUUCCCAACUCCUGAUGUAAUCAAAGAGAGCAAGUUUGCAUGGAUGACUGAUGAAGAAUUUGCAAGAGAGAUGAUUGCCGGUGUAAACCCUCUUGUAAUUCGGCUUCUUAGAAAUGAUGACCUUAUAUCAUUGGAGCAACAACUUUGCAACUGUAUUCAACACAGUACAGUAGAAACAAAAGAAAUAUUGGAGAAAAACAUGAACGAGAUGACACUAGAUGAGGCAUUUGAUAAGAAGAGAUUGUUCAUAUUGGAUUACUAUGACGCAUUCAUGGCGUAUUUGACGAAGAUAAAUGAACUUCCUUCUGCAAAGGCUUAUGCCACCAGGACAUUCUUGUUCUUACAAGAUGACGGCACAUUGAAACCACUUGUUAUUGAAUUAAGCAAGCCACAUCAAUGUCCAUGUUGUGGUCAAUGGAAUGUCGAGACCAGAUUGGAGCUGCCUGCAGACAAAGGUGUCGACGGUAUAAUUUGGUUAUUGGCCAAAGCUCAUGUUGUUGUAAAUGACACCAACUAUCAUCAGCUCAUAAGCCACUGGUUACAUACUCACGCAGUGAUUGAGCCAUUUGCCAUAUCAACAAACAGGAAUCUCAGUGUACUUCACCCCAUUUACAAACUCCUUCAUCCUCACUUCCGUGACACCAUAAAUAUAAACUCACUUGCCAGGAAGUCCCUAAUUAGUGCAGGUAGCGUUAUAGAGCAAACUUUUUUGCCUGGACCAUAUUCUAUGGAGAUGUCUUCUGCUAUAUACGAGAAAUGGGUUUUCGCUGACCAAGCAUUACCAAAGGAUCUCAUCAAUAGAGGUUUGGCGUUUGAGGAUGACGCUAACGACCUUAAGCUAGUGAUAGAGGACUAUCCUUACGCUGUUGAUGGACUAGAAAUAUGGAAUGCUACUAAGCUCUGGGUACAAGACUAUGUCGCUCUGUAUUAUUCGGACGAUCAGGCAAUUAAAGGAGAUACUGAAUUGCAAGAAUGGUGGAAGGAAGUUGUGGAGAAGGGUCAUGGUGACUUAAAAGCACAAAAGGGUCAUGGUGACUUAAAAGCACAAUGGUGUGAAAUGCUUACUUCUCAAGAUCUGGUUGAGACUUGCACUACCAUUAUAUGGAUUGCUUCAGCUCUUCACGCCGCUGUUAAUUUUGGACAGUAUCCUUAUGGUUAUAUAAUGAACCGUCCUACACAAAGCCGAAAAUGGAUCCCAAAACCAGGAACUGAAGAGUAUGAUGAGAUGACCAAGAAUCCUCAAGAAGCUUUUCUGAAAACAAUUACUCCAAAGUACCAGACCGUUGUUGAUCUUUCAGUAAUGGAGCUACUAUCAACCCAUGCUUCAGACGAGGUGUAUCUUGGACAAAGGAACAGUCUAGAUUGGACUGCUCAUCAAGAAGCAAAAGUUUUGUUUAAAAGAUUUACAGAUGACUUGGAAAAAAUUGAGAAAAAAAUCUCAGACAGGAACAACACUGAAGGACUUAAAAAUCGUACUGGACCAGUCAAAUUGCCCUACACUCUGCUUCUUCCCACCAGUAAACCAGGGAUGACUUUUAGAGGAAUCCCUAACAGUAUCUCUAUCUAAAAGCUUGUUGGCUUCCUUCUGUGUUGUGCUUUUACCUUUCAAUAACAGUUGCAUGUUACGUGCAUGCCUCAUUGUGUGUGUUGUUGUUUAGGUCACAUUGUCUUUGAUGCUGCUUUUGUACUCUGAUAAAUAAGCUCAUUAUAGCAUAUUUAUUUCCUUU